AUGGCGGAAGAACCAGUGAAAGUGCUAUAUUGUGGAGUGUGUACACUGCCCGUUGAGUACUGCGAGUUUGGCAAAACUUUGAAGCAGUGCAAGAAAUGGCUCAAGGAGAAUCAUCCAAAGGAAUACAACAAUCUUUACAACUCGGAUGCCCCAACCUCUUCGCUAUCAAAGGAAAGAGAAGAGGAAAUAUCAAAGUCAUUGGCUAAGAUGCAAUUAAAAGAGGAGAGAAAGCAAGAAAGGGAGCUGAGAAAAUUAAAGCAGGAGAAGAUCAUAGUCAAGAGAAUACCAAGAACAAAGCAUAAAAACGUCAUUGCUGUGUGUAACUUGGAGCAGUUUGAUGUUGAUAUGAAGAAAUUAGCAAAGAAGUUCGCCUCUAAAUUUGCCACAGGAGCAUCCGUUUCAAAGAAUCUUGAGACAAAGGAUGAGAUUAUCAUCCAGGGUGAUGUUGGUGAGGAGGUGGAGGAGUAUCUACAAGAUAUGCUUAAAAAGAAGGGUCUGGAUAGUGUUAAAAUUGAAUUUAUCGAGGAGAAGAGGUAUCUAAGGAGGAAGUGA